CUAAGAACGGAUAUCCGGCAAUGGCCACAGAACCCGGAAGCGUCGCAACACCUCGGUUUGAUUACUGAGUUUUUAUUGUCCCAGUGUAACUGCCGCAGACCAACAUGUCUCGUGGCCGUCCACCCCCACUCGUCACGGGCAUCUCCCCCAAGGAGGGUGCAGCCUGGACUAAAGUCACUAUUCGUGGUGAAAACCUGGGCACAGGCUCCGCUGAUCUCGUUGGUCUGUCAAUCUGUGGCCAUAAUUGCCUGCUUACAGCAGAGUGGAUGUCAGCCAGCAAAAUAGUGUGUCGCGUGGGCCCGGCAAAAGACGACAAGGGAGAGAUCAUUGUCACGACCAAGUCUGGAGGUCUAGGGACAUCCACUGUUUCAUUCAAACUGCUCAAACCAGAGAGGAUUGGUAUCUUGGACCAGUCAGCUGUGUGGGUUGAUGAACUGAACUACUACGACAGAACUGACCGCAACAAAGGCAUCUCACCUCUCUCGCUCCGACCCAACAAUCCAUUGGGUAUCGAGAUAGACAAGUAUGACUCAGGAAAAUUUCCACUGAAAGACAUUGAGAUGACAUUUCCAGGGAUGAGUGGAGACUUCACCAGUGAGAACUUCUCUGCCACCUGGUAUCUUAUCGAAAAUCAUGCAGGCACUGGUUUUGAACAGUUGAAGAUUGCUGCCAGCAACCUGAAAAAGCAGGCCACCAAGAAGAAUGAGGGGAGUCUGGCCUAUGUAAAAGGAGGACUCAGUACGUUCUUUGAGGCCCAGGACGCUCUGGCAGCAAUCCACCAUAGACAGGAGUCUGAUGGUACUGAGAGAGUGCAGGGAUCGAUGACCCAACGCUUGGAACUCAUCCUCAACAGAGCGAGUGAUACUGCAGAUACGCUAUUCCAGGAGGUCUUGGGGCGGAAAGACAAGGCUGACUCCACACGCAAUGCACUCAACGUCCUGCAGCGUUUCAAGUUUCUUUUCAACCUGCCGCUAAACAUUGAACGCAAUAUUCAGAAGGGAGAUUAUGAUGUGGUGAUAAACGACUAUGAGAAAGCCAAAUCUCUUUUUGGCAAUACCGAAGUACCCGUUUUUAAAAAAGUCUAUGCUGAGGUUGAGUCUCGGAUCAGGGCUCUCAGGAGUCUUUUACUGGAGAAGCUGCUGCAGACUCCAUCAACACUACAUGAUCAGAAGCGAUACAUCAGAUACUUAUCUGACCUGCAUGCUCCAGGUGACCCCGCAUGGCAGUGUAUCUAUGCUCAGUAUAAAUGGAUCCUGCAGCUGAUGCAAGACUGUAGAGAUGAGUUCAUCAGUGGCCAGAAAGUGUGUGCCGGAGCUCUGGAUUUGGAGGGGGACACCCGUCCCUCAGUCCUCAGCAGACUUGGCCACACAUCAUCUUUGAAGAGAGGGGGUAGCCUGCAGAUGACAAGACCAAGCAACUUUGAAACCCCUCAGCAGGUGCAGUUUGUAGAAAAGUUGUCAGAUGUGGUGAUUGGCCAACUCCCUAAUUUCUGGAAGCUUUGGAUCUCUUAUGUGAAUGGAAGUCUUUUUAGUGAGACUGGAGAGAAAUCUGGACAGGUGGAAAAAUCUAAGAAGAAUGCAAGACAAAGGCAAAAUGACUUUAAAAAAAUGAUUGAGGAAAUGACCAAUCGGUUGGUCAAGCUUGUACGCGGUGCCCUUCUUCCCACGACACUGCCCCAAGGGGAGCAAAGUCUUUAUGGAGGCUGGGAGAACAAGACAGAAGUGUCUGGGGCCUGGCUUACUGAAAUCAUACACAUUGUCAGAGGUUGUCACGAGGCUUUGUCUGCCCUGGAGAUCCCAAAUGAUCUGUUGCAAGUGAUCCAGGAGUUGCUGCUGGAACUAAGAGUUCACUGCCUCAUGGUGACACUGCUGCACACCACAGACGAUGUCAGGAGGCUUGCUGAGAAGGAGGACUGGGUUGUAGAGGGAAUUACCAGGCUGCCAUCUCAGUUUGAACAGUGUAUGGCCCAGAUGCUGCAAUCACUGAGAGAGCCUCUGGAGAUCAAACCAGGAGAGAUCAACAUACUGCAGCUGGACCAAGUUCAGGACCAAGCCACAGAGCUCUGUGUUAGCAUCAUGAAAGUUUUCAUCAACUGCCUAGAGCAGCAGAGCACAAAAAGAGAUGGAGACAUGACUCCAUAUCACAUAUCAAUGGAUCUUUCCUCUACGGAUUUGUUUACCAACAUGCAAGAGUGCUUCAGUCCAACUUCCGAGCAACGUUUGCUGAUCCUACUGAGUAACUGCCAUUACCUGGAGAGGCACACUUUCCUCAAUCUGGCUGAACACUUUGAGAAACAUGGAUUCACAGGCACUGAGAAAAUCACACAGGUAAGCAUGAUGGCGGUUCGGGAACUGGAUGAAAAACUUUUUGACGCCUACAUUGAGAGGCGAGCUGACCCUAUCGCAGGCGCCCUGGAGCCGGGUAUCUACGCAGGCUACUUUGACUGGAGAGACUGUCCAACUCCCACAGGUGUGAGGAGCUACUUAAAAGAAGCCCUGAUGAGCAUCAUCACAGUUCAUGCUGAGGUCUUUACAGUCUCAAAGGAUUUGGUUCCUUGUGUGCUGUCCAAAAUUGUUGCGACAGUUGCAGAUGAGAUGUGUCGUCUUAUACAGUGCGUGUCAUCCUUCAGCAGAAAUGGCGCUCUGCAGGCUCGAAUUGAACUUUGUGCCCUGAGAGAUGCCAUAGCUGCAUAUCUAAAUGCUGAAAGCAAGGCCAGCUUCAAAUUAGCGAUGGACGUCCUGCCUCAGUUGCACAGUGGAUCCGAUAAAAAGUUACUGGAAGAGCUGUUGAAUAAGUUUAAAAGCAGCAUGCAGCUCCAGCUCACCUGCUUCCAGCCAUCCUGUGUCCAGCCUGUGAAAAGAUAAACAACACCUACUCGUUGUUUCUUGUCUUUCGGCAAUCAACAACUUUGUCACUUCGAUUUUCAAUUGUGCACCACGCAAACAAAACAGUGACUGACGCAUGUAAUUGUAUUCAUAAAAUAAUGUUUUUCCCUGUAUUCUACUCCUCGCAAGCUUUCUAACGGUAUACAAUCGUCCCUUGCUAUAUUGCGGUGUGAAUAUCGCUCCUUCACUCUUAUUGUGGUUUUACAAAACUCAAUGAUCACCGUUUGGUGGUUGACGAUGGCCUAUUAUUAGUCAAACAAUAUUCAAAGACAAGUUAUAUGUAGUAUUUCGGCCACUGGGUGACAGUAACAUUAAUGAGACAUGACAUUACAGUACAUGACAUUACUCACUCUGCAUGUAGUCAGCCAUGGCAUGUCCGACAUGAAGGUAAAUAAGGUCUCCUCCUACUUUGUGUGGAAGUGGUAAGUUUUUUUAAAUUCUUUAGUUUAGAAUAAAUAAAUUAGAGGCUAACUCGUUAGCUUGCUAGCAUGCUAUGCAGCGUGGGUCAUCUCUUGUGUCCCUGCAGUGAUCCAUAGCCUGUGCAUUAGCGAUGUGGUGUAAACAAAGAGUAAUAGGAGCACAAAGGUGACUAUUAUUUCAUGUCUUCAGGGCUCUAAUAAUGGCAGAAAAACGUAAAUGCUCUGAACUAUGAAAAUAUUCCAUUUCUUAAUAUUGAAUCCUACUUAGCGGAAAAUCACUUACCGCGAUCAGAUCUGUAACCAAUUAACCGCAAUAAAUGAGGGACGACUGUAGCACACUAUUGUGGAACAAGUGUGGGGGGAAUUCCAACUAAACUGUGAGAAAAAUGUCCUAGUUAUUAUUAUUUAUUUAGAUUGAAAUUUUUUUAAUAUAAAUAAUAAAAACAACCAUGAUGUUACUGACACCAGAAUUAUAUUCCCUGAGAGGGCUUCAAAUAUUACAGUCAAAACAUAAAUGGUAAUAAGCCACUCAAUACAUUAUUUGGAAUUAAUAUAUAUUCUUUUGUUCAAUUCAAAGUAGAUUUGUGGUUUUAAUUAUUUUCAUGUCAGGAAUACAUUCAUCAUGAACGGUAUAUAAGUCGCUACUUUUUUUUAAAAACUCUGAACCCUGCAUCUUAAACAGCGGUGUGGCUAAAUUCUAAUCUCGUGACAUCUCCUUCACUUUAGAACUGCUAUUAAUCGUUUCAAUACUGUGCCACUCACGAGUCAAUGAGGAAACGGUAGCUCUUUCUUUGGCAGGAGCCAAUCACAAGCUAUCAGUGAACUCACGACAAACUUGUCAACCCACUGGAAAUCACAGGAGGUCAUUACUCAAUAUAACAGUCGGACUCACGGUGUCAUCUUACAAAGAAUGCUAAACUCAUCACACAGCAACUUAACAGUCAAAAGGUAGCUGGGAAAUUUUCAUAAUGCAUUGCGUCCAAGCAAAGCAUUCAUUUCUGCCUGUCGGGGCGCUGCACUGACGUCAGCCUCCCUGUGGGUUCCUCUGGUGGACAGAGGCAGCAUUGCAGCGCCAUCCAUCCAUUUACUAUGCUGCUUGUCCUCGAAUUACAUUUUCGUAACGUUUAAAAUAGUUGUGGUUUCUUUUCAUUUUAAACCCAUAUUGCUUCUUGUAUAAUUCCCAGCUACCUUUUGAGUGUUAAGUUGCUGUGUGAUAAUUUUAACGUUCGUUGUAAGAUGACACAGUGA